AUGAAUGUUAAGGAAAAUCAUUGGAGUCAACCUAUGAGCUCAUUCAAGACUUUUGAAAAACACAAAGAAGAGAUCAAUACAAAGAUGGAAGAAAAGGAAAAGAGUACCUUUGCUGAACAAAUCAAGGCGAUUGACAAUGAAUUGAAUAGAUUACAAGGCAUUGUACCACAUGUUGAGAUGAAGAUUACUAGAUCAGAGAUGGUCAAACAACUUGAAGAGGCUAGACAAACUAUUGAGGAUAUCAGGAGGAGUGAAACUAAGAACAAUGAAUUGCAAUCCAAUCGAUUAACUAAAUCAGAAGUUACGCUUAAUAAAUCAAAACGAGAUUUUGAAAAGUACACAAGAAGUUUAGAAAAGAAUUCAGAAGAAUUGAAUUCGAUUGCGAUUGGAUUAGAAGAACUUGAAGGAAAGAAUUCAGUGAUGGUAGCUGAAACUGAAGCUAUGAGAGAAAGAAAGCUUUUGAAGGUGGUUGGUAUGAAUGUAUUGAACUUGAAGAACUAA